GGCAGGAGGCGGACUGAGGGCGUGAACGAAAGAGGAAGGGAGAACGGGAAAGCCACCAGAGCGCGGGACAGCACAGAGAGAGAAAGCCCUGUCAAUUGAAUUGAAAGAGAGAGAGGCCUGUCCAUCCAGAUUUCUCCAUCUCUAACCCACUCCUCAAUCUCACUUUCUCGCGACUUUCGGGUCUGUCCGAUUGGUCAUCGAGGGUUUAUUCUCGUUAACGUGAUCCAUACCUGCCCCGAGUUUUUUUUCCAGCUCCGAACCAUUCCGCCAUUCACCAGUGAUGUCCAAGAAACGGCCGACCGAAACGGGGCUACGGGUGUUACACCAGCAGGCUGUGGCUUCACCGGGCAAUAUGGCUUGCCUUGCUCGUUUCUCACCGGAUUGUGCUGAAAUAGAAUGCAGCUAAUUUGGGUUAAACACAGAGUGAAGAGAUGUCGGUACCGUUGUUGAAGAUCGGUGUGGUGCUGAGCACCAUGGCGAUGAUCACUAACUGGAUGUCGCAGACGCUGCCCUCGCUGGUGGGGCUCAACACCACCAAGAUCACCGCGGAGAGGGCAGGCUACCCGGACAGGAGCACCGGAGUGUUGCCAGCGAACCCAGAGGAGUCGUGGCAGGUGUACAGUUCAGCCCAGGACAGUGAGGGGAGGUGUGUGUGCACCGUGGUGGCACCGCAGCAGUCCAUGUGUUCACGAGAUGCCCGCACCAAACAGUUGAGGCAACUGCUCGAGAAGGUCCAGAACAUGACCCAGUCCAUCCAGGUGCUGGACCAGCGGACACAGAGAGACCUGCAGUACGUGGAGAAGAUGGAGGUGCAGCUGAGAGGUCUGGAGACCAAGUUCAGACAGGUGGAGGAGAACCACAAGCAGAACACUGCCAAGCAAUACAAGGCCAUAAAAGCGAAAAUGGAGGAGCUUAGGCCGUUGAUACCAGUGUUGGAGGAGUACAAGGCCGAUGCCAAAUUGGUAUUGCAGUUUAAGGAAGAGGUCCAGAACCUGACGUCAGUUCUAAGCGAGCUCCAGGAGGAGAUGGGAGCCUAUGACUACGAGGAACUCCACACCAGAGUGUCAAAUCUUGAGGAGAGACUCCGAGCAUGCAUGCAAAAAUUAGCAUGUGGGAAGUUGACGGGCAUCAGCGAUCCUGUCACCAUCAAGACGUCUGGAUCCAGGUUCGGAUCCUGGAUGACUGACCCUGCAGCACCGGAGGGAGAUACACGGGUGUGGUACAUGGAUGGUUACCACAACAACCGCUUUGUGCGGGAGUACAAGUCCAUGGCGGAUUUCAUGAUGACAGAUAACUUCACGUCUCACCGCCUCCCCCACCCAUGGUCCGGUACAGGUCAGGUGGUCUACAACGGCUCCAUCUACUUCAACAAGUUCCAGAGCCACGUCAUCAUCAAGUUCGACUUCAAAACCUCCACCAUCAGCAAGUCCCGGCAGCUGGACAACGCCGGCUACAACAACAUGUAUCACUACGCCUGGGGCGGCCACUCCGACAUCGACCUCAUGGUGGACGAGGGCGGGCUGUGGGCCGUCUACGCCACCAAUCAGAACGCAGGGAACAUCGUGAUCAGCAAGCUGAAUCCUAGCACGCUGCAGAUCAUCAAGAGCUGGACCACCAACCACCCCAAGAGGAGCGCCGGCGAAGCCUUCAUGAUCUGCGGUACUCUCUAUGUUACCAACGGUUACUCUGGAGGGACCAAGGUGUACUACGCUUACAGCACUAACUCCUCCACGUACGAGUACAUAGACAUCGCCUUCCAGAACAAGUACUCCCAUAUCUCCAUGCUUGACUACAACCCUCGGGACCGUGCGCUCUACGCCUGGAACAACGGACACCAGGUUCUGUACAACGUCACACUGUUCCACGUCAUCAGCUCACAGGAACUGUAACCACAGAGGCAGGACUAUAUACAAUAUAAUAUAUACACACAGUAGAAAGAGAGAGAUCAUUCUAUAUAUGAACAUAUAUCUAUGGGAGACUUUAUGGAAAGAGUAUCAUAUAUAGUAUAUUGUAAAACUGUACUACGAGAGAUUAGAUUAAACGUGACCUGAACUGCAACGUAGAUGAAUGUGCACUAUCUAUUGGAAUUAAAAAGAUAACUGUUUGCUAAGAAGGAAAGAAACAUGAUACAUCUAGAGAUCAAAAUGAUAUAUUGGACUGAAAAGAACAGAUGCCAAAUAAACAUCACGCCUUUUUUAAUCAUGAAUAGUAACUAUCGUAGAAGAUUGUCUUGGUGGCUCUGUGUCUGUCUCUGGAUGGACUGUACCUCCUUCCUCCUUCCUGGACUUAUCUCAGGGUCAGGGAGGUCCUAGCAAUGGACUAUGGGAUUGGUUAUUAACUGUUUGCCAACCAGGACCCCCUGGCCCCUCAGACAGAGAGGGAGAACCUCGCCCCUCGAACAGAUAAGGGGAAAACAGAGGAGGACCUGGUCAAACGGUUAGAACUAGGACAUUAUUUGGAGAACUGUGGGAAGAUAUUAUGUCCAGAUGACCACUGAGCCUAUGACCACAGUCUGUCACACACACUUUUAUCCAUUCAGUAGCAAAUAAAGAAGUCUGUAAACAAGUAAACAGCAACAACAUCAACAUCCAUGAGAAGACCUGGGCCUGUAUUUACCAAGAGUCUCAGAGUAGGAGUGCUGAUCUAGAAUCUGGUCCCCUCUCUUAUGCAUUAUGUUUGAAGGGCAAAUCUGAUCCGAAAUCAGCACUCACUUUUUGAAUACAGUCCCUGAAAGCACUGACUGUUGGGGCGAACUGUUGUAUUGUACAAGAAGAAGGCCGGGAUUCAAUCAGAGCCGCGUAGUAACGCACUUGACAUUUAAAGGUAAAUUGAUUGAGCCGACAUCUGCAGCUUUUCCAUAGACGCAAUCUCCGCGAACUUUGCCUCUAAAAGCCGAAUUGUCGACUGCGCUAAGACGCGCCUAUUGGAUGGAAUCCCCGGUUGAAGACUUUCCUGUGUUUGUGACUCCGUGUGAAACAGCCUUGAUUUGCAUGAGUGUUUUUUUUACCAUUCUCGUCUGCUACCUUCUGAACGUUGUUGUGCUGUAUUAUGCUGUACCUAUUGAAGAAGGGGAUGGGUAAAGGGUUAGUGUAGGUACCUUUGGGAUUUCAGGGGAGGGGAGUUACAAAGCUGUUUGCUUUAUCACUUGUUUGUUUAUAGAAUGGUUUUUUUCUUCCAAUCAGAUCUUUUUUUUGGGGGGGCGGGGGGGGUAAUGUUCUUGUAUCACCCCCUAACUGUUGGCACCGGCUUUGCUUCUCUGUCUGUGUUUAGUUGGGACAUGCGUGGGAGAACCCUAGCUCAUAUCCAGUUGAUAUAUUUCAGAAGAUUAGAAAAAUUAUAGAAUGUAUCACGUAAUAUAUCCAGGAGACCUGGGCUCAGUCCUAUGGCUUCAACCUAACCAUCAUCAGCCUACUGUUUGAAGUAUCCCUCUUAGUCGAGGGUAAUGAUGUUAAAUGUAUAUCUCCCCUCCCACCCACCAACAAAAGAAUAAUGCUGUUUAAAUGUAAAUCCCAUCGCAGAGGACAAUGGCUUUUCACUCUGUUUGCGCUUUUGCUGGAUGUGUGUUGUACCUGAGAUGAGAUAGUUAAUGGUUUGUGUCAAUAAACAGAGAAUCUUUGUUCCGA